CAGCCGACCCCACCUAGUGGGAAAAGGCUUGGUUGUUGUUGUUGUUUGUUGUUGUAUUUGGUACUUAGAGCAGAUCCUGUAUUCAUUAGGAUUGAGGCCACAAGUUUGAAACUAUGAUGCAGCCUCUCCCUCCCUCUAUUAUAAGUCAUAAUUCUUUUUCUUCCCCUUUGGCAACCAUCUAUCUCUGUACAGUUCACAGUGAUUUUAUCUGUGCCUCCUCUUCCUCUUUAUCUCAAGAUGAACUAUGAACUAUGAACUAUGCUUAAAAUUUUAUCAUCAACUUUUCAUCUUUUAUUCAUCUUGUGGGCAUGAUUUAAGAUGGCGUUAGAGUAUUAGUUACUGUCUACAUCACCCAACAUGUCCGUGUAUCAGUGUAUCUCUUGACAUCUUCUCCCUCUCUUGGGGUAAAUGAUAGCAAAAUUACUUUCCUCCUUUCUUAGAAAGAUGUUGGAAACCUAAUUUCUCUUAAUUUGCAACACCUUUAUGAGCAUCUCAAUUCAUUGCAACUUUGAAAAGAUAAAUUAGGCUUUGCCCGUCUUCUAGUACUCUCGACGUUCUUGCCAAUGAGUGGAAGGGAGGUAGGUAGGCAGGUUGAAAAUAGAGGCCGGUAGUAGCGGUGCUCCCCCUUCACCUAUUUUGUCAUUUUUGUCAGAUUGCUGGCAAAAUUUGGUAGUGGCGGUGGUUGUACCUCUUGGAACUCCUUGAGGUGGGCAGGGAUAGUGAUCUUCAAAGGGAGAGUCAUUUUUAGAUCCCGUCUCCUUGAUUGAUGGCUGCUACCUUCUCAUUGCCUCUUGUUUGCGAUCAUUCACUAGAUCUCCUUAAGAGAAGAUGAGCAUGUUUUGAUUCUCGUAGAAGGAAAAGCAAGGUUAAUGUUUGAGGGAAAGGGUGGUGUUGCAUCGAGAGGUCGAACCUAGCAAGUGAUCAGCGAGAUAGGAAAAGUCAAAUGGCAAGGAGCUUUCAGAUUUGGUAAGGGCAGAUUUAAUACUAAAGCCCAGCAUCACGAGUAGGCAGAGAAGGCACUACUGAGUCUAGAAACAUGAUGACAAGACUGGUGGAGGUCCAGCUCACGGUCUUGUGGAGAGUGGCUCCUUUAUUGCUUGUACAAGCUGAAAGUGGUAGCAAAUGUUGUGGUCGAUGAAGACAAUGUCAAAGAGAGGUGUUUUCUGUGGUAUCACUGAUGGAGCAGGUUGAGAGGUGUUUGUUGUGGUGUCACUGAUGGAGCAGGUUGAGAGGUGUUUGUUGUGGUGUCACUGAUGAAGCAGGUUCUGGUGGAGAGGGGAUUAGGUCAAAGGCCUAAGGAGUUCAUGAUUGAUGGUGCCUCUCUCCCUCUUCUUUGCUUGUUGUUUCCCUACGUGGUUGAGGUGGUGAGUGCGAUCCCAGGUGGCUAGUAAAUCACAAAUUGCAGGAUGAAGGCCAUACGGAGGAGAUCACAUAUUAAAAGAUCUCUCAAAUUGAUGGAGCGUGUGGCAAAUAGAUUAAGAGGUAGUGUGCAAAGGAGAAGGGUGAAGGGGUUGGAGGUGGUGCCCUAGUGAAAGAUGGGAGCUCGAAGAGGUUGUGCAGUACCAGCGGACCAAGUUGUGCAGGGAUGGAGCACUGAUGGGUUGUCUAGUAGCUAUAAUACGAGACAGAGGGAUAGAGGAUUGAGAGAUGAGGAGGAGGUUGACAUAAUGAAAAUUCUCCAUUGAGGAUGCUAAAGGACCGGAAACUAAAGUUGAUUGAAAAAAUAGAACUUCAGCAGUUCUCACUAGGUUCUUGUCCACCUAAUUUUGGACGAAAUGGCAUGCAAUGGAUUACUUCAGGUGAUCAGCAAGUUAUGCGAUUGGGAUUUGAUUGGGAUUCUGUUGGCACGAGCAUAUUAUUGCAUGCUAAGUUGGCACUUGGAACUGCCCGCAUUAUCAUCAAUAGCAUUCAUAUCAAAGGAGAUUUACUCUUAAGACCAAUUCUUGAUGGUCAAGCUGUCCUCUAUUCGUUUGAAUCAACUCCUGACAUUAGAGUAAGUGUUGCAUUUGGAAGUGGUGGCUGUCAGACACUUCCUGAGACAGAGCUACCUGGUGUUCGCAGUUGGUUGGUCAAGCUUUUCACAGAAUCAAUAACUAAAUUGUUAGUUGAGCCUCGCUGCCAUUGCUAUUCUUUGCCAAUUGUGGAUCUACAUAAGAAAGCUGUUGGAGGUGUACUCUCUGUUACUGUAGUUUCAGCCAGUAAUUUAGACAAGAUUAACUUAACAGUCAACAAUUCAGAAACUUGCCAAAGCUCUAGUGGGAGCAUUCAAUUGCCAGGAAAUCUUGGGAACAAGGCUUUGCAGACAUUCAUCAAAGUGGAAAUUGGUAAUUUAACAAGAAGAACAAUUGUUUGUGAUGGUUUAAAUCCCAGAUGGGAUACUACCUUCAAUAUGAUGCUACAUGGAGAAACUGGAAUUUUGAAAUUUUACCUUUAUGAAUCAAAUGGAAGCAGCAUGAAUUCGAACUACUGGACCAGCUGUGAGAUAAAGAUGAAGUAUGUUGCAGAUGAUUCUACAAUGUUCUGGGCAAUAGGACAGGGAUCUGGAAUGGUGGCAAAACAAGCUGAAAAUUGUGGGACGGAAGUAGAAAUGACUAUUCCAUUUGAAGGACCAUUUAGCCACGCGGAGUUAACAGUCAGGCUUGUUCUUAGAGAAUGGCAAUUUUCAGAUGGUUCUACUAUCUUGAGUAAAUCUGUCCCUCAUUACCUUCAGACAAGAACAGAAAGGAAGCUUAAAGUUACUGUACUUGAAGGAAGGAAUCUGGCCACUAAAGAUAAAUCUGGAAAAUGUGAUCCCUAUGUUAAGCUUCAAUAUGGAAAGGCUUCUUACCGAACAAAAACCAUUCCUAACAAUGCAAGUCCAGUGUGGAACCAUGAGUUUAAUUUUGAUGAAAUAGGAAGUAGCAGUGAGUAUCUCGAGAUCAGAUGUUACAACACAAAUAUCUUUGGAGAUGAGAAUAUAGGAAGUGCAAGAGUGAACAUGGAAGGAAUUUCUGAAGGUUCCAGCAGGGAUGACUGGAUCCCUCUAGAGAGAGUUAAUUCUGGUGAAGUGAAGCUCCUAAUAGAAGUAGUGAAGAAUGAUGAUGAUGAAAUUUCAAAGAAUCCAGGAAUGAAACAGGGAUCUGGCUGGAUUGAACUAGUACUUAUUGAAGCUAAGGAUCUAGUUGCUGCUGAUGUAAGGGGAACAAGUGAUCCUUUUGUAAGGGUUCAUUAUGGGACUUCCAAGAAACGAACUAAGGUCAUUUAUAAAACAUUAAAUCCGGAGUGGAAUCAAACAUUAGAGUUUCCUGACACCAGCAGUCCCUUAACCCUGCAUGUUAAGGACCAUAACACUGUGCUGCCGACAUCUAGUAUAGGGUACUGUACAGUUGAAUAUGAAGGCUUGCUCCCAAAUCAAACAGCUGACAAAUGGAUUCCUCUUCAAGGAGUAAAGAAUGGGGAGAUCCAUGUGAAAAUAACAAGAAAAAGACCUGAGGUACAGAAGAAAUCCAGCUUGGAUACUCCUAUUUCUUCAUUUGACAAAGCACACAAUAUAUCUACACAGAUGAGAGACAUGUUGAAGCAAUUACAAUGCCUAAUUGACAAGGGUGACCUAGAGGCGUUAUCGCUGGCUUUGAGUGAGGUAAAAAAUGCAGAAGAUGACCAGGAGAAAUACAUGAUUCAGCUAGAAAGUGAGAAGGCUCUGAUGAUCAGCAAAAUCGACGAACUUGGUCAUGAGGUCACAAGAGCAUUCUCUGACCCCGCAAACUACAACACAUGAUUUUAAUCCCACUUAAGAGUCCAAGAACAAAUAAAUGGUGUUUUACUUUACUAUUAUAGGUGUAAACUGGCAUAAUAAAAAUCAAAAGGUGCACUCACAUAAUUUAGCAAGGAUCACGCUGCUGCAAAACUAUAGUGGCUGUGAUGGCAGGACAACACGAUCACAAAUUAAUAUAGGAAUGGGUUUGAUUCCAUGGCUGAUUGUGGAAGUCUGAAUCUGAGUAGGCUGGAUCUUGAAGGAACGUUUGUGUAUAUUUGAUAGCUGUUGGUUGAGCUUCUUGGAUGUUGAGGUAUGUCGUGCAUAACCAUCAGAUCGAAUAAAUUUAAGGUUUGAUUAAAUAUCAUUUCUAUUUUCAA